AUGGUGGGUUCCUCUUACCAUCGCUACCAGUACGUUGAUCAUGGUCUGUCCAUGCACAAGACUGAUGUUAUUGUACCAAGCAACACACGCAAUGUUUUAUUGGAACGUCUGGCUCCUGAUACUCCAUAUUCAGUAAAUGUCAUUGCUUUGUAUGCUGAUGGAGAAGGGGAUCCAAGUACAGAACAGGGAAGAACAUUGCCUCGUAGUGGACCCAGGAAUAUAAGAGUAUUUGACCCAACCACAAACAGUCUUUCCGUUCAGUGGGAUCAUGCAGAUGGACCUGUGCAGCAAUAUAGAAUUAUAUAUAGUCCUGUUUCUGGGGACCCCAUAGAUGAAUAUACAACAGUACCUGGCAGAAUAAACACUGUAUUGCUACAGCCUUUGCAGUCAGAUACACCUUAUAAAAUUACAGUUGUAGCAAUUUAUGAUGAUGGAGAUGGUGGACAAGUGACAGGAAAUGGAAAAACAGUUGGGCUGAUUUCUCCUCAGAAUAUUCAUAUAUCCGAUGAAUGGUAUACUCGAUUCAGAGUGUCCUGGGAUCCUGUCACAUCUCCUAUCUUAGGAUACAAAAUUGUGUAUAAAGUUGCAGGUUCCGAUGAGCCCUUGGAGGUGUUUGUUGGAGAGGUGACUUCAUAUACUUUACACAACUUAUUGCCAAGUACCACUUACGAUGUGAAAGUAUAUGCUCAGUACGAAUCUGGACUUAGUGAACCUUUGGUUGAUCAAGGAACCACAUGUAAGACCCUCCCUCAAUAUAAGACCCUCUCACAAUAUAUUAAUGCUGACAUGAGAAUACUAAUGAUUGCAGCAAGGAAGCUUGAUCUCUUAGAAUUUGCCUGCUCGGUAGAAAAGAUGAAUUUCCUGAAGAAAUAG